AUGCAGGCUGCUGGAAAAGGAAAAUACGGGCUUCUCCCAGGCAGCCUGCUGAAGCCUUCCCUUCACUGGUUUUCUUUUCACCAGGAUGAAAUUCUGCUGACUCCCUGCAGGGAAUUUCCUGCUGAGGACACGGACUCCUUUGCCUCCCCGAAUGAAGAGAAGUGGGAUUUUGUCCUGGUGAGUGACAUCCACGAAAUGGGCAGUGAGAAGGAGAUCAAGAGGAAGAAGUUCCUGGAUGAGCUGAGCAAGAAGGGCUUCACCAUCAAGAAAAUUGAGGACACAAAGCUCUUUUAUGGAGUCCGUGCCCCACAGCACAUCUUCUGGAAAUACCAGUGUCUCCUGACAAACCCCAACAGCAGGCAGCAAAACUUCAGUGCCUACCAGGAUGUCCCAGUGACCACCAGGAUACGGGUGGUGCACUUCAUCCUCCAGAACACUGUGACGUCUGACUUAGAGAAGCUGCAUGACCUGAUGAAGAAGAAGGUGUUUGAGGCAGCCUUUCCCCUGCACAAGAAAGAAGAGAUAAGGGAAAUACUAAAGAAGAAGUGGGCUCGCUGGAGAGUUCUAUUUAAGGAACAGCCAAUUGAGGAGAUCAGGUGCUAUUUUGGAGAGAAGGUGGCCUUGUACUUUGCCUGGCUGGGCUGGUACACCUACCUGCUGAUUUUCGCUGCCCUGGCCGGGCUGGCAACCGUCGCAGCUGGGGCUACUGUUUUCAGUUCCAGCCAGGUGAGCAAGGAGAUCUGUGAUGCCAACAACACAAUCAUGUGCCCGCUCUGCGACCAGAACUGCUCGUUCUGGGUCCUCUCUGACACCUGCACCUAUGCCAAGGUCACUCACAUGAUUGAUAACGAGGCCACGGUGGUGUUUGCCAUAUUCAUGGCCAUCUGGGCCACUGUAUUCCUGGAGCUGUGGAAGAGGGAGAGAGCCAAUGUGGCCACCAGCUGGGACCUGUACGGGUGGGAUGAGGAAGAGGAGGAGUUGGCUCUGCAGCUGAUCAAUAACUCUCAGCAUGAACCCCGGCUGUACCAGCACUCCUACUUCCGCAGCACCAUCGUCCUCAUCUUGGCCCUGCUGAUGAUCAUGGUGCUGAUCGGCAUCGCCCACGCGCUCGUCAUCUACCGGGCGGUGGCCAUGGCCCUGUUCACGCAGAGCGACGUGAGCCUGCUCAGCAAGCACGCCGACAUCAUCGCCGUCAUGACGGGGGCCGUGCUGCACUACCUCACCAUCGUCAUCAUGACCAAGGUCAACUGGCACGUGGCCCUCUUCCUGUGCGACCUGGAGAAACCACGGACCUUCUCCCAGCGGGAGAACAACUUCACUGUGAAGAUCUUCCUCUUUCAGUUCUUCACAAACUUCUCCUCGCUCAUCUACAUCGCCUUCUUCCUGGGACGGAUCAAUGGCCACCCAGGGCACUACGUGCGCAUCGCUGGCCACUGGAGGCUGGAGGAGUGCCACCCUAGCGGCUGCAUCACUGACCUCUUCAUCCAGAUGGCUGUCAUCAUGGUGCUCAAGCAGACCAUCAGCAACAUCAUGGAGUAUCUCAUCCCUUUGAUAUCCCACCAGCUACGGAAGAAGAAAAAGCACCCCAAGAAGAGAAGUCUGAUGUUAGGAGAGGAGGAGGAGGCAGAGGACCCCUGCAAAAGGCAGUGGCUGAAUAACUAUGAACUCAACGAGGUCAACGUCUUCAGCUUGUUCAACGAGUACCUGGAGAUAGUGAUCCAGUACAGCUUCACCACCAUCUUCGUGGCAGCCUUUCCCCUGGCCCCGCUGCUGGCCCUCAUCAACAACGUCAUCGAGAUCCACAUGGAUGCCAUCAAGAUGAUGCGGCUGCGCCGGCGCAUGGUGCCCAGGAAGGCCAAGGACAUCGGGAUCUGGCUGCAGGUGCUAGAGGCCAUUGGCAUCCUGGCUGUCAUUGGGAACGGGCUGGUGAUCGCCAUCACCUCCGACUUCAUCCCCGUGCAGGUCUACAAGUACAUGUACAGCCCCUGCAUGAGGGAGAACCACACCAGCAUGGACUGCUCCACCGGCUACAUCAACAACAGCCUCUCCGUAUUCCACAUCCAGGACUUCGAGCCCCACACCAAGGUGCUGCCAGAAUUUAAAGGGAAGCAGAUCAAGGAGUGCAGGUACCGGGAUUACCGGAAUGCUGACGACUACACCUACACCGUCCAGUUCUGGCACAUCUUCGCAGCCCGGCUCGCCUUCCUCAUCCUCUUCGAGCACGUGGCUCUGUGCGUGAAGCUGAUCGCAGCCUGGUACAUCCCCGAUGUCCCCCAGAAGGUCAAGAAUAAAAUUCUGACAGAAAAACACAGCAAUCUCCGCAAUGAGCUGAGCACGGCAGAAUACUCCACCGAGGUGUAGCCACAGCUCACCAAGGAGAAGGAGAACACGGACUCGAGCCCCUUUCCCAGCCUGGCAGUGCCAGGGGUGCCAGAUGAACCCCAGGACACGGUGCCACAUGUCCCAUCUGGGACCAAGCUGGACCUGAGCUGGGAAGCGAUGACCAGACAGUGGCUUCACAGGAGCAGGCUGCUUUCCGACUUGGGAAGGAAGGAUGCUGUGGCAGAGCCUGGAUGUGCCUCCCCACGCUGGGGAUGUGCUGGGACAGAGCCGUGGCGCUGGGGACAAACCCAGGGCAGCAUUCAGAUGCAGGAUCACCUGGAUCCUUGUCACUCACUUCCUUAAGCACAGGAAACACCACUUACCUCGUUCCAGGCUCCCUCUCCAGCCCUUUUGUUGCACUUUGGCCUCUUUUUCCACUGCCUUCAGUGACCUCCACUCUCGCACUGGGGCACUUGAGUCCCUUUCAGCAAACUCCUCCCCAGCACGGCUCCCCAAGGCUGCAGCUCCACCCUGCUGUCUGCAGGACGCGGCUCCCCGCUCCUUGGGAAAACGCCGCUGUUAUCUCGCGUUUAGCUCCG